CUUAGCCUUCCACUUUAAAUAUCCUCAAGAGUACGAAAAGAUGUCGCUCAUUUCUUGCUUAUCCCCACCACCCGGAUUUCGCAGAAUGACUACGAACGGUGUUAAUGGCCAUGGGUCUCGCUUUUUGAAGCCUGGAAUUUACGCACCCAUACCUACCUUCUUCGGGGACAAUGAAGAUCUAGACCUCGACUCUUUCAGUGCGCACGUCGUUCGAGUCGCCACUGCUGGUGUUGGGCCCUUAAUCGCAGGUUCGAUGGGAGAGGCGCAUCACUUGUCGCACUCGGAACGAGUUGCUCUCAUCACGACGGCAAGGAAAGCGCUUGACUCCAAGGGGUUUUUUGAUGUACCUUUGAUUGUCGGCACGGGUGCUGGGAGCACCAGGGAGACGCUGAAAUUGACUGUCGAGGCCGCGAAUGUUGGUGCAGAUUUCGCGAUUGUCAUCGCCAGCGGAUAUUUCGCCGGUGCCAUUGCCGGGAAUAAGCAGGCGCUGAAGUCAUUCUGGAAAGAAGUUUCGGAGAAGAGUCCUAUACCCGUAAUGAUUUACAACUACCCUGGUGCCAGCGGCGGGAUCGACCUCGAUUCCGACCUUAUCACUGAACUUGCGAAGGAAUGCCCAAAUAUAUGUGGUGUUAAGCUCACUUGUGGUAAUGUCGGAAAACUGACUCGUAUUGCAAUUGCCGUAUCGGAGGCUGACUUCGAUGUCCAAUAUCCGCGCAAGAACUCCCAUGCGCCAUUCCUGGUUCUGGGAGGCUUCAUUGAUUUCCUCACUCCAUCGGCUUAUGCCAAUGCUCAUGGUGCAAUCACUGGACUCGGAAAUGUGGCUCCGUACGCUGUUGCAGAGCUAUUCAGAUUGACUAGAGCAGCGAGGGAGGAUUUGUCAAUCCUCCCAGCGGCACAACACCUUCAAGGAAUAAUAGCACGGGCGGAUUACACUAUUGCUAAAGCAUCGAUAGCCGGUACCAAGUAUCUACUCGAGGAACUCUAUGGAUACGGUGGGGCUCCUCGUAGACCGUUGCCGCCCAUAGACCCGAGUGCUGGACAGGCCUUAUGGGAGCAUCCUCACACUCAAGACCUGGUCAGACUGGAGCGGGAAUUGAGCGGGAAAGCAAAGUCGCUUUAAUACUACGAUGCACACAGAAAGUGACAGAAUCAGCGUCUGUUGACCCUCUGCUUUGUAUGAUGGUUACUCCACAUGGACGUGUACAAAAUUAAAAUUUCCAGCCCACCAUGUGCAUACAACUCGAACGUCUACGUGCCGGAAGUGAUAUGUACGUUGAGCAGCAUUAUCAAUUGAAGAAUGCACAACUCUCCACGUGGGCGA